GUUUUUCCCCGGUAGCGGCGGACUGUUUCAGCGGGCGGGACGACGGACAACUAGCUUAGUUAGCGGCCGUUGGAAACAAAAAGCCGGACUCAAGUUCCCGGUGAAGCUCGUCCGUGUUUAGUUCCCCACAGCUCAACAUCUUCACUUUGAACUGUUGAUUCAUCUCAUCCAGAGGCUGAGACCGCAGCGGUAAAGAUGGGAGUGCCGAAGUUUUACCGAUGGAUAUCGGAGCGCUAUCCGUGCCUGAGCGAAGUUGUCAAGGAACAUCAGAUUCCAGAGUUUGACAAUCUCUACCUGGACAUGAACGGGAUUAUCCACCAGUGUUCCCACCCGAAUGACGAGGACGUUCACUUUCGCAUUUCUGAGGAAAAGAUCUUCGCCGACAUCUUCCACUACCUGGAGGUUCUCUUCAGGAUCAUCAAGCCCCGCAAGGUGUUCUUCAUGGCGGUGGACGGCGUGGCACCGAGGGCCAAGAUGAAUCAGCAGAGGGGACGGAGAUUCAGGUCUGCCAAAGAAGCAGAGGACAAGAUAAAAAAAGCUUUGGAUAAAGGAGAAGUACUUCCUACAGAGGCUCGCUUUGACUCCAACUGUAUCACCCCUGGCACUGAAUUUAUGGUGAGACUCCAGGAGCAGCUCAAGUAUUUUGUCCACAGCAAGCUGUCCACUGACAGGCUGUGGCAGAACGUCAGAGUCUACCUGUCUGGUCACGAGACUCCAGGGGAGGGAGAACAUAAAAUCAUGGAGUUCAUUCGCUCUGAGAACUCGAAGCCGGGUCACAACCCCAACACCCGACACUGCCUGUAUGGCCUGGACGCUGACUUGAUAAUGUUGGGUUUAACCAGCCACGAGCCAAACUUCUCACUGCUCAGAGAGGAGGUCCGCUUCGGGGGAAAGAAGUCCCAGAAAAGGAUAACAGCGCCAGAGGAGACAACUUUUCACUUACUUCACUUGUCUUUGAUGAGGGAGUACAUCGACUAUGAGUUCUCUGGGCUGAAGGAGCACAUCGGUAGUGAUUAUAACUUGGAGCGAAUAAUAGACGACUGGAUUCUAAUGGGCUUCCUCGUGGGAAACGAUUUCAUCCCUCACCUCCCUCAUCUUCACAUCAGCCACGAUGCUUUGCCGUUGCUAUACAAGACCUACAUCAGUGUUCGGCCCAGCAUGGGGGGUUAUCUGAAUGAGAACGGCCAUCUAAACCUCCGAAACUUUGAGAAAUAUCUGGAGAAACUUUCUGAGUUUGACCGGGAACAUUUCAGCGAGGUGUUUGUGGACUUGAAGUGGUUUGAGAGUAAAGUCGGUAACAAGUAUCUGAACGAGGCGGCAGGACUGGCAGCAGAAAAGGAAGCUGCCAACAAGAAAGAGGACUCUGCCCUCUCUCUGGCUGCUCUGACCUCAUCAGAGAGACUGAUCACAGAAGGAAAAGGCGAUGACGAUGAGGAGGAGGACGACAUGUUUGAAACAGAGUUCAGACAAUACAAGCGCACCUACUAUAUGACCAAGAUUGGUGUGGACGUGGUGUCAGAUGACUUUCUAGCAUUGCAGGCCAAGUGUUAUGUGGAAGGAAUCCAGUGGAUCCUCCACUACUACUACCAUGGGGUUCAGUCGUGGAGCUGGUACUACCCCUACCACUACGCCCCCUUCCUGUCUGACGUCAGGAACAUAUCUGGGUUAAAGCUGACCUUCGACCUGGAGAAACCCUUCAUGCCCUUUCAGCAGCUGUUGGCUGUCCUGCCUGCAGCCAGCAAGGAGCUGCUGCCUGAGUCUUACAGGCCCCUGAUGACCAGUACGAAUUCACCCAUCAUCGAGUACUACCCUCUGGACUUUAAAACCGACCUGAACGGCAAACAGCAGGAGUGGGAGGCAGUAGUUCUAAUUCCCUUCAUAGAUGAGAGGUGCCUACUAGCAGCCAUGGAGCCCUGUAAUGACAAGCUGACCAAAGAAGAGAAGGCCAGGAACCGUCACACAGAGUGUGCAGUGUACACAUACGACCAGGACGCAGACUUCACCUUUCCCUCCACCCUGCCUCAGCUCUUCCCUGACAUCAUCCACUGCCAUGUCAGGAUAGCCAACAUCCCCAUGGACGCCUGGCACGUACCGCUGGGCCACAUCAGCAGACCUGUCGACCGCUCAGCUCUGUACUUCUGCGGCUUCCCCACACUGCAACACAUCAGACACAAGUUUUACAAGAAGAAGCUUGGUGUAGUCGUGUUCCAGCAGAGCAGCCGAGGGGAGAACACCAUACUGGACAUCUUCCCCAGCAAAGAAGAAGUGGUGUGUGACAACGUCGCUUCACAAGUACUGGGGAAGUCAGUGUUUGUCAACUGGCCUCAUCUGGAGGAAGCUCGCAUCAUCGCAGUGUCAGAUGGAGACGUCAAAUUUUGUCUCGAGGAGCCUCCUGGUGUGCAGAGAGUGUACGACAGACCAUCCACACCCCCUCCCACCAAAGUCACCUGCCUGUCUGACAAGGAGAAGAAGGACUGGGUGAAGGACGUCCAGGGACUCACUGAACAUUUCUUGAAGAGGAAAGGCAUUGUGGUGAACGAGACGGAGGUGGUUUUGUACGGCCAGCUGCUGACAGGAAGAAAAUAUGUGCCCAAAGCCAACGGGGUAGUGGAGUUAGAGAAACAGUGGGCCAAGCAGGUCCUUCCUUUUGCCAAUCAGACCGUGGUUAAGGACAUAAAGGCCUUUUACUCGUCUCUGACCUGCUUCAAGAGCUUAGACGAGCUCUUUCCUCCAACAACCACCGUCUUCAUGGUGGGGAACCCUUACUACGGUGCCACGGGAGAGGUGCAGGACUCUAGUGAUGUCAUCAAAGAUGGCCGAGUACGGGUGGUCUUUAACGUGCCACAUGAACCACAGCUGGAGAACUUGAUCCAGAAUCAACAUAAGUACUGUGUGAAGUACAGUCCUGGUUAUGUUCUGGCAUCUCGUCUUGGCAUCACCAGCUACCUCGUGUCCCGCUUCUCAGGAAGCAUCUUCAUCGGCAGAGGCUCUAAGAAGAAUCCCUGUGGAGAGCAGAGAGCCAACGUCGGCCUGAACCUGAAGUUUAACAAGAAGAACGAGGAGGUUCCUGGAUACACUAAGAGGACUGAGAAGGAGUGGCUCUACUCUGUUGCUGUGGAGGAAUUACUGGCUGAAUACCUGGACAGGUUUUCUGAGGUAUUCAACAAUGUGUCCAGAAACAGCCACGAUGAUGUAUUCUAUGAAGAUGACAUCUGGCCUGGCCUGGACCAGAAUGGGGCGGAAAAAGUUGCUGAAAUCACUUCGUGGUUGAAAAGUCACCCAGUCAGCUCUGUCAGCAGGACGUCAUGUGACCUACAAGUGCUGGAUUCUGCAAUCGUGGAGAGGAUAGAAGAGGCUGUGGAGAAGGCCAAGGUGAAGAAGAGCACCAAGAAAGUCCGUGUGACCGUCAAACCUCAUCUCCUCUUCAGGCCCCUGGAGCAGCAGCAGGGUGUGGUUCCAGACCCGGAUUCAGAGUAUCGACUGUUUGACAGAGUAGUGAACAUCAGGGAGAGCUUCACUGUCCCCCUGGGACUCAGAGGAACAAUCGUUGGCAUUAAAGGAGCGGAGCGUGAGGCCGAGGUUCUCUAUGAAGUGCUGUUUGACGACGAGUUUGCUGGAGGUCUCAACAUCAGAUGCACGUCGCCGCGCGGUUACCGCCUCCCUCCCUGCGCUCUCAUUAACCUCUCCCACGGAGCCCGAGUGGAUCACACCUCCCACAAACUCACCGCCAUUGUCAAACCUCAGCCGGCCACAGCCACGAACUUCAACUCGCAGCGGCAGCUGAGUGGCCUGAACCACUCUCCACGCUCUCCCUUCAUACCUACACAGCAUAACAACAAACACGGUGUGGUGAAGGCAGCCACCCAGGGCAGCAGGAACUCUCCCUCUAAAGGUCUCAUCCAGAAACCACAGGGCAAGGGUAAGGAGGACUACAAUGCUGUGUGGCAGUCUCUGCAGAGCUCCGGUCCUCCUCAAAAACCUCCUGCCCACUGGCACAGUAAUGAUGGACCUUCCCAACAGGGCGGGAACCAGCACCUCAACAAACCUAACCCAGCUGGAGGCAUCCGACUGCUGAAGAAGAACGAAGAGCCUUUCCCCUCACAGAACACAGCCGAUAAGGGGACGACUGAGUUCGAGGACCUGAUAGCCAGUCUCAAGAUCUCCAAAGGUAGCCAGCAGACGCCACCCCCUCCUGCUCCUCCCACCAGCCAAUCAGACGGUCCAUUGUCUCCGCAGUCCUUCGCCAUGAAAGGAACCCUGGUGCUGAAGGAGAUGCUAAAGAUUGACGGCACUGGAACAGGAAGUCCCUCUUCCCAGGAGACGAGUGGCGCCUCCGGUGGCCAGCAGCACAACAGGAGAAGAUCGUCCAAGAAACUAGCAGCCAAUAUGAACUCCCCCCACGGUGACGUGCCCGCGAUGGCUCCUCCCACCUCAGCCAACCUGUCCAACGCCGUGCUGAGCAGCAAGGUGUCAGAGCUGGCCUGUGUGUGUGUGGGCUUAGGGAUGGCUCCACCCGAGUUCAGCUUCAUCGGCAACAGACAGGGUGUAGUAGUGUGUCAGGUGAAGCUGUCCAAUGGGCUGAUGGUUCACGGUCCACAGUGCCAAUCAGAAAAUGAUGCCAAGGAGAAAGCUGCCUUCUUUGCCCUCCAAAGACUGAACUCAGUGGGAUCAGGCUUCCCCCUUGGACCUCCUCUGUAUCCAGGAGUGGGUCAGAUAAGACCCCCACCCAUGGGACCCAUGGCGUCUGUCUUUAACCAACAAGGUGGUCUGCUGUUGCCUCCCCAGGGUUACGGCCCGGCCCCUCUCUGGGGGAUGACGUUGCCUCCUCACCACCACCAAAACCACCCAUUCUACGGAGCUGUGGGAACCUUCCCUGGCGCAGCCCGCCACCAGCCUGCAGCAGCAGCUCCGCCGAUUGGCUCACACAACCAGUUCAUCCCACUUCAGGUGACUAAGAAGCGAGUCUCAGCCAACAAGAAAAACCAGGACACUCGGGAGUUUUACAGCGCCGCCCAGACUGUUUCCAGAAACCAGUCGCAGAGAGCCCAGAACCAGUCCUCUGGCCAAACGCACGCUCAGAGCGGUAAAGUGGACCAGCCACACCAACACACCACCAACAGCAACCCCUCUUCAACCAGUCCCGGACUAGCAGACGGCACUACCACGACGAUGGCAGCCCCACACACGCCUCCUCGACAGAGCAUGCCAGCAACGGGCCACACCCCUGGCUCCGCCUCCAAGAGGAAGCACAGGAAGCUGGCCGUCAACUUCGAAGCUGCUAAAGUGUCUGAGUGAUGAGCUGUUGUAUGUGUGUCUGUUUGUGCAUGUGUGUGUGUGUGUCUGUCUUCUUUCACUGUGCUGUCUGACUUUAACACCUCCUCACUCUGUUGUGGAACGUUGUUCCCAGUGUGUUACUGGUGAACUGGACAAAAGAGCAGGGUGCAUUCUGGGAUGUGGCUAUAGCUCUUUUUAUUUUCUUCUUCUUCUUCUUCUUCUUCUUUCCUUAAAGACGCAGACUCACUCCUUUUUAAUCUCUGUUCAGUUAAAACAAUCAAACUGUUGUAGCAUAUUCGAGUACAGGAAAGGAGGGAGUCGGCCGAGGCUUGCUCAAAUGUGAUUGGAGCACGUGUUGAGAUGUAUCGCGGUCACAUGGUGUGGAGGGUCUUGGUUAAACCUCAUCAGUCAGGUUUGAAUCGUGGUUCUCAGGGACGUGUAGCCACGAGAAAAGCCCUCAGUACAGUGUGAAGUACAGCGAGCUUGAAUGCAAACAGUGUGACAGGAGGUGUUGGCCUUUUUUUUGGGGGGGGGGGGGGGGGGGGGGCUGCGGGGGGGGGGGUGCUGGUGUAUUAAUAAUAUUAUUAUUAAUAAAAACAGUCCUUCUAUCAGGGCUGUCAGCGGUGUUAAUCGGGCCAACAGUGAUUCAUGUUUCUCAUGUUUUUAUUUAACGACACCGCCAAAGUAAAGAAUGAAGGCACACACAGAAUUAUGACAAGUGUCACACACACACACACACACACUGAGCUGUGUAACACCAGCACAUAACCAGAGUCAAACAGUGUCCAUAUUUGUCCGUUUUUAUUCUUCUAACUAACCGGACCUCACAGCUGUACAUUUGUGAACCCGUACACUGCCAGAACCCUGAAGCAGCUGGAUCACACAGAGUCCAUCUUCCAGUUUUUAACCAAGCAGCUCCGGCUGAGUGUGGCUGCUUUUACACAGGUACGAUAACACAGAAGAAAAAAACUUUAUUUCUAUAUUUUUGCUUCUUCUGAUGGAUUUUAUAAACGGCUGAGAUCAGACCUCAGUUUCUUGUGAAUAUGGGAGCUCACACGUUAUAACAGUGUGUACUCCUGGCAUCUUGAAUUGGAAAUUUCUUUAGUUUUAACGUGUCCCUUGUGGUGUUUUAGUUCUCAUUGACCACACAGACAACUUUAUCAAUUAUUCUCAUCAGUUAUCUGAAGGGAAUAUUGAUCUUAUGUUUGUAUCUGUGUAAAUGCAGCUGAGCAGAGUUGUGACUGUGUCAUAGAGGAACACUGAUCCCGGUCCUGGUCCUCGUCAGUGUUUCUCUAAAGCAGUUUGACGGUUUUAAAUUCUUGGCUUUAUUGUACACACACCUGGACUUCCUUACACAAACAUACACACACAGAUAGUCUCUCCAUUUUAAACAUUUCUUUUUCAGUGUAUGGAUUUUAUGGAUACCCUUUUUAUAGUCCAUCUUUGGUCUUUUGUAAGCAAUCUGAAUAAUUCUUGUUUCAAUAAUGUUUGGUGGAGCUACAGAGGUGGAACAGCUGUAGCAACUAGUGAAGUGAAUUUCCUUUGUCCUUGUUUUGUGGGACAGUGCGUACAGUAUGUUUUGGUGUGUUUGUUUUAAGGCUCAUGUCCUUAACGCCGAUCCUGUGACUCCGGUCUUGACGGCUCUGGUGCAAUAAGGGACGUUUUAAAACAUUUCAGAAAUGAAGCACACCUGUUGUGUACCUGUAUUUUUGUUUUGUUUUUUUGGAACUGAAACAUAAUGGAGAAUUCUCAAUAUGAAGAGAUAUUGAUUGAUUCAGGAAUGUGCUGUACAUAUCCAUUUAAUUAAAGUGAAUCUUUUGUUACGACGUG